AUGCGAGCCGUCAACUGGGCUGUUACUGCUCUUCUUACCUGUCUUCAAGCUGCAUCAUCUUCCCACAUCCCGUCUGCCGACAUUCUCCCCUUCAACAUCACAAGAUCGACUGUGGAAGGAGACCUAAACUACAUCUCCCCAAUAUUUCCAAUUCUACCCUUCCACAAGUACCCUCAAAACCCCAUACUGACACCUAACCCAGCCAAUGAUUGGGAAUCGGCAUACGUGUACAAUCCUGCAGCCAUUGUGCUGAACGAGACCAUCUUCUUGCUCUACCGAGCUCAAAACGCCAGCAAGACAUCGUCAAUAGGCCUUGCUUGGUCUCAUGACGGCUAUAAAUUCACUCGAUUGAACAAGCCCGUCCUGUACGCCACCCUACCGUGGGAAGCGGGAGGGGGAACAGAAGAUCCUCGAAUUGUCCGUGUCAACGGGACGUUCUACCUGACCUACACGGGAUACGACCUGAACACCCCCCGACUAUGCAUCGCCACCAGUGAAGACCUAGUGCAUUGGACCAAGUUCAACCCUCCAUUCGCCGGGCUUGGAGAGUACAACCCCGUCGCCGCAACAUCCGAAGGGGCUGGUCGCGAUAGGCUAACAUCUGCUCCAGGCGGCGCUAUAGUCACCGAACAGACCUCGGACGGAUUAUAUCAUAUGUACUUUGGCGACAGCGUCAUGUACCACGCGACAUCAACGGACCUACUGAAUUGGACAGCUUCGUCAGAGCCGUUCGCCACGCCCAUGAAUCCUUGGGAGAACGGACUAAUUGAGCCUGGGCCGGCGCCGAUCAAGACCCGAGACGGACGCUGGUUGUUGAUCUACAACGGCAUGACUACCGGCGAGGCAGGCUAUCGUCCAACUCAAUACUCGGUGGGUCAAAUGUUACUGGAUCCCAGCACUUCCUUUCAGCCAUCAUCACAUACAGAUGGAGAGAAGUAUGCCCAUGGGAACCAGGGGGGCUCAGCGCAAUCGCCGCUUUUCGCAGCCGACUCGGAUCGCCCUUCACCUGCUCGAGACCGACCGAUCGCUCGACUCGAAACGCCUUUCAUGGUCCCCAGCACACCGGAAGAAGAAAGCGGACAAGUUGACCUGGUGGUGUUUGCCGAAGGCCUGGUGCAGUUCCACGGCAAGUGGUUUUUGUACUAUGGCCAAGCGGAUGCGACGAUUGGUGUUGCGGUUGCAGAUGUUCAAGAAUGA